CUAUCACAUGAAGUCAGUUUGCUCCACAGCAUCCAAGCGAGGACACCACGAAUCAGCUUCCCAGAAUGUCCCUGAAUCGCCGGGCUUCCACAAAGAAACUAGCGCCUGUAAAGCUGCUCUUAUAUAUAGUUCCAUAAAAUCUCUAAGGACAUCUGAAUUCUGUGCCAUGCCAGGCUUCACACACACACACACACACACACACAAUGGACAUCUGAAUUCUGUGCCAUGCCAGGCUUCACACACACACACACACACACACACACGUAUGUGUGUAUUCAUAGUUUCAUUUUACGUUGUCAGUCUGGUAAGCAUGCACUGGAAAGUCAUCAAAUUGUAACUGAAUCUCUUUCCUGUGAAUACUACUCAGAGUAUUUGUAAAAUUCGCAUCUCAAAGUAUAGGGUCAGCAUUUCCUCAUGAACAAAAGCAGCAGUUUCUUCGUAAGGCAAACCCAGGAAUCCGAUGCAACACACAUGUACUCUUGCUCACUGUCACACACGCCCAUCGAUGUUAUCCGAACGUGGGUAAGAUCAGCUCCCUUGACUAAAGAGGGGAAAGACUGAAAAUUAGCAAACGUCCCAGAUGCAGCUGCUCCAGGCUGGAGAGAGACAGAGACGGACAAAAGGACACGGGGAAAGGAAGCUAUGUGAGCGAAAAGCUAAAAUGCCAACAAUGCACCAGCCCCUGGCCCAGCCCCUGACCCACUAUAAUCUACUUAGCCAUCUACUUUACACCCCUCCCUCAGAAAAAAAAAAAAAAAAAAAGUGGAAGCAAACUGAUCCUGAUGAAGCCGGGAACUGAAGUCCUGCACUUGGCCGGCGACUCGCGAUGCAAAGAGCCAAAGCUGAGGGAAGUGUCUCACCACCCAGGGCAGGGGAUGAUGGCAAGCGUGGAUGGGAGAGGACAACACAUGACAGAGGACAAGUAAGGCCACCUGACCCAGGCUGGCAGAGGGCUGGAGAUUCAUCAGUGAAGAUCACCAGUGCUGGUGACUGCUCCACACCCCGCCCCCCGCCCCGUGCCGCUAUGCUCACCCUGUUAUCAGUGAUGGGACAAAAAAAUAUUCACCAUGUAGAUUGUACAGAUGACUGGAAAAAUCAACUGUUGCUGGUGCAGAAUCAUCUUAAAAACUCUCCUGAAGAGCUGACUGCUGUGCUGCAGGCCUUGCUAAGAGAAGAUGAACUGAGAACCAGGAACCUGCCUCCCCGUGAUGUCUUCCAGGAACCCAGUGAUCAGGGUCAUGCAGAGAUAGCGCCUCCAGUGGACAAGGCCCUGGCGACUGGCAUCCUACUUUCUGUCUUCACGAAGCUGACUGCUCCAGGGACCAUAUGGACCUGGUGCUCAGCCUGCCUCUGUGAAUCUGACUGUGAAUGGGCAAGUGAAAAGAAACCCAGAGACUGCCUGAACUUUCAUUCCAGCUCAGAGCUUCUGCAGGAAGAUCUUCAGGGUGCUAACAUGCAUGGAGCUGCCAUCCCCUGUGGCAACCAUGCCUUCUUUUGGAAACCUCCGGCCUGAGGUUGCUCUACAGUCAGCUUCUAGAAAUGGGGUCAUCUUCCUGUGAUUCUGAGGAACUUGCCCACAUAGAGGUGAGAAAUCUCAGAGGGAGCCUCCACAGGUGCACAAAGUGAGAACCGGAUUUAUUUCAAAGGUGAAAAGUGAAUGUACGUUUAUGUUUGAGAGUGGGCUGCCCCACACAGAGAAAUAUCCAUCAUGAGUAGGCCAGAGGGUUCCUUAAAGAGGGAAAGACCUCAACCUGGGUCCAAGGCAAAAAGGGCUCUCCUCUAUUCUCAGCCUCUUUAACGGCUAGGGCUUAGGGCUUAAUGCCUUAGCAUGCGUGAGGCCACCUGGGAAUUUUAUGGCCCCUCCACGUGGAGUGUAAUACCCACAUGGUCAUCAUGGCAUCUCUCUUUUCCGGGUCAGGAUGAGAGAGAGGUGCAUCCUGGGAAGGUGGGCAUGUUAGACUUCUCAUUCACCUAGGCCUAACUAGCAGCCUGCCUCUUCACACCAUAACAGGACCAUCCUACCCAUGGGCAACAAAUAUCUAUCGCUUACUCAAUUAGCCAUUGUAUUUUAUACUAUUUAGAGCCAAAAUAUCCAAUUUGCAUGUUAUAAUACACAAUGUAUGUUUUUACUCACCAGUUUAUCCUUAAUUGCUUAAAAAAGUUAAUUUUGAUUGUGUGAAGACGAUUGUGUAUUUCAGAAUAAAAAUGAAUAAAUUAAAUUAAUUAUCAGACAUAGGAAGCAAAGGAGAAAACACAACAUUAUAAUUCUUUCUAAAAGCAAAACAGGAAGAGAAAAGGUAACCUAUCACAUAGAAAAAUCCCUGGUCACAUGCAAUGUCCACCUCCUAAAAGGCCAGUUUGGUCCCACCAAAGACACAACAUGCUAUGACCCCUAUCAAUCAGAAGGUCAUUUCCUCCCAUGUAAUUAAUUUAAAUUGGAAUUAUCUUUUGUCUCUCGUUGCCGAGGCCCAAACUGAAAACAGUCCAGCGUGGAUUCUCAAUCAUGAAGCGGCUGCACUGAGAUCUGUGUUGGCAUCUCCGAGAUUUGAUCACAGCACACAUUUUUGUGGGAAAUACGAAAUGAAGUUUUACACCACCAUUCUUCUGGUAAAGAAGGCAGGGGUAGGGUGCAGACGGCAGGGCUCAGCAUACCCAGCAGAACUUUCUUUCUGAAGCUUAUUGAGACUUCUUUCCCAGUUAAUGGGAUGCCUUUCCCCCACUCAGAGCGAAUGCAGCUGUAGAGAAAGAAGAGCACAACAUUUAGAAGCAGAGAAGCCCCUUUCCACAGCCUUAAUUUGCAAGACCUAAUGUGGUUUGUGGGAGCAACUUGAGGUCUUGGUUACUGAUAAAAAUAAUACAAGCUUAGAACUUUCAUAAGUUUGUGUGGCCUCUUUGUCAAGGACCAGCAAUUAGAGCCUUAAAAUACUGAACUUUAUUACCUAAACUCUUUUCAGAAUGCCCAUAUUCAGUAUUAGCACUGGGAACCAUUCUUUUCCUGUCAGUCUUUCCUUACACUCUUCUGUUCAGCUAGAAAGUUCUGUUUGUGGCUCCCAAAUACGGUUCAAGUUUAGUUUAUGCAGACGUGUGUUGGGAAGAAACUCCAGCCUAGGAUGUAGGGAGAAAGUCUGUGCCCAUCUUGCUUAGAUCCCCAUUGUGAGAGAAAUGAUCCUAAGUGACUUCCACAUGCAGACUGUCACAUCUCGUCUGUUUGGUCUCAAGUACAGCUUAAAUUUGCAUUUUGUUGAUGUUCUCUCAGGUUGAUCGGUGCAUUGCUGUAGGGGGUGGAAGCCCCCCAGGACUCCUUUAUUGCAGUUACUUUCUCCCUUUAAGUCCACUAAUAUUUGCUUUAUUUAGAUGCUUCAAAGUUGUGUACAUAUAUUUUUAUGAUUAUUAUAUCCUCUUGCUGAUGGACUCUUCUAUCGUUAUGCCAUGACAUUCUUUGUCUCCUAUUAUGGUUUUUAGUUUAAAGUCUGAUUUGUGUGAUAGAAAUACAGCUACUGCUGAAUUUACGGCAUGCAGAUCAUCAUGUCUGAUUGCCCAGCCUGGCUGAUGGAAUCAGGAAGUGGCAGUUACUUUUGAAGAUGGCCAUCCCAGCGAGUGAGGUAACCUGCGUGGUUUUUUUCUUUUUUUCUUUUUUUUUCUACGUGGCAGGUAUGCCCACUGCCCUGUAGCCUCCAACAGACUCUAGCAGAUCCUUCCUUUUAGGGAGGUAAUCCAGAGAGAGAAAAACACAAGUGACCACAGGGUUCAGAGACCAAGAAACCCAGGGAGCAAAGGCAGAGAGUAGAAGCCAUGAGCUACAAGGGCUAUGCCACACACAGCAGCAGGAACACUCAUCUGCUCUCAUGGAUACCUGCACUUGAGAGAGUCACAGUAUAAUGGUACUUUAAUUAAUUAAUUUACUUACUUAAAAGAAUUACAGAGUGGGGGGGAGAGAGAGAGAGAGAGAGAAAGAGAGAGAGAGAGAAUCUUCCAUCCACUGGUUCACUCCCCACAAGGCCACAACAACCAAAGCUGGGCCAGGCUUAACCAGGAGCCAGGAGUGUCAUCCAGGUCUCCCACAUGUAUGUCAGGGGCCCACACAUUUGGGCUAUCUUCCACUGCUAUUCUCAGGCCAGCAGCAGAGAGCUGGAUUGGAAGUGGAGCAGCUGGCACAUGAACCAGUAUCCAUAUAGGAUGCUGCCAUUGCAGGCGGUGGCUGUACCCACUACACCACAAUGCAGGCCCUGGUCAUGGUACUUUAGAAGGAGAAUUAAUGCCUGUUUCUGGGGACUCAGAUCUAAGUCCAUGCAAAUUCUCUGAUGUUCUUCCUUGAAUCUUUUUGUCAUACAUUUCCAAUCAGCUGGAAAUCUCAUUUUAUCAGACUCUAGAAAUAUCAAAGGGCUUAAAUAACAGAUCUGAUAAUUAUUCACUAGGUGAUCUUAAGUGCAACACUUAACCUCCAUGAACACUGGUACAUGUGACAGGCAGAAUAAAGCCCCAAACACGUCCACCUUUUGAUUCCUAGAAUCUGAAACUGUGUCACCGUACAUGGCAAAAGGUAUUUGCAGAUGAGAUUAGGUUAGGGACCCAGAAUCGGGGUUUUGUAUUAUCUACGUGGGCCAGUCUAAUCACACGGGUUCUUACCACUAGAGAACUUUUCCAGGCUGGUGUGACUAGGAAGAACAGUCAGGGAGGCAACACUGCCAGCUCUGAAGAUGGAGGAAGGGGCCGUGAGUCAAGGAAUGGGAGCAGCCUCUAGAAGCUAGAUAAAAAACAGGAAACAUAUAUUCUCCCACCCAGAAAAGAGGAACACAGCCCUGCCAGCACCCUAACUUGAGAACUGUGUUGGUCUUCUAGCCUACAGAAUUCUGAGAGAAUCAUUUCUGCUGUUUUAGCUGUGAAGUUUGUGAUACUUUGUUAUAGCAUCAAUAAGAAACUAAUACAAUAGGUCACACUACAUACACACAGGAAAAAGUCUAAAUGAAUAUGUAAGUAUGCUAUAAUGUAACAAUUGAGUACUCGCUUCAGCAGCACAUUUACUAAAAUUGGAAAAGUUGAGCAUCUUUUUGAACUAAUUCUUUCAGGUUUUACAAAUGAUUAUGUUAUUUGUGUGAUAAAGAAAUAAUGAAAAUACUAAAAAAUAUCUAAUAUGUAAUGACCUCAAGGCUCUGCCCAGCUGUGGCAACCAAUGCCCAACCUAGCCUGACUACUGUUCUAUACCUUGCCUCUUCUUGCACACUAUACUCAAAAGACUGCAAAGAGCAAUUUCAGAUCACCCCUGCUGCCUUUAUUUUCCAUCCCACCUCUCAGGUAUACUGCUCUGUAUUCAUCUAUACGUGGUUUCGUAUGUUUCCUACUUGUGCUAUAUGUAGUUUUGUUUUUUUUUUUUUUUUGAUGGAUUACAAUUGUAUCUACGUAUGGUAUAUACAGUGAUGGUAUCUUAUUCUAUUUCUGUUGCUACAACUGGAUACCACGAGUGAGGAAUUUAAAAGGAAUAAAGUCUUGUUUAUCUCAUGGAUCUGAAGUCCAGAAAGCUCAAGAUUGGGUGGAUGCAUCGGGUAAGGUCCUCCUUGCUGGCGGGGACUCCUAGCAGAGUCUCAGAAGCUCAGAUGCACCUCGCAGAUGGGUAUUGCCAGGUGAGACAGAACACUGUAACUCCGAUCUUGUCUUCUCUUUUUACAGAGCCACAGUCCCACUGGAUCAGGGCCACACCCUUAUAGCCUCAUUCAAUUAUCCCCCAAAGGUCCCAUCUCCAAAUACUCUGCUCAGAUUAAGUUUCUACCCCUUAAUACUUCAUGGUGGAGAUCACAUUUCAACACAAGCAUUGGUGGGAACAGUCAAACCACUGAAGACAACAGGAGCUUAUACUAGAAUGCUUGAAUCAAGCUAAUUAGCAUGCCCAUCAGCAUAAACACUUAUCAGUUACCUUCCUAACUGUGACUUUCUCUCUGAGCAACAUCUCCCCAUUCUCCUGACCCUCUGUGCUCUGUUAGACAUCAUUCUACUCUCUGCUUAUGUAAGUUCAAUUGUUUUAGAACCCACAUAUAAAUGAGAACAUAUACUCCAUGUAAUCUAUGCCUGGGUUAUUUCACUAAACAGUGUUCUCCAGACUCACCCAUGUUGUAGCAGAUGAAAGAGUUUUAUUCUUUCUUUAAGCUGAAUAGUAUUCCAUUAGGUAUAUACACCAUGUUUCUCAACUGUCCAUGAAUGAAUACUUUGGUAGAUUCCAUGUCUUGGCUACUGUAAAUAAUGUGGCCAUAAACAUGGAGCUGUAGAUAUCUCCUUGACAUACUGAUUCAGUCCUCAGAAUAUAUACCCAGGAGUAGGAUUGUUGGAUCUAUAUGCUCUUUAUAAAAGAUUUCGUUUUCUGGUAAAUAAUAAAUCCAGCAAGUAUUUGUUGAGUAUAUUUUGUGUAGCUCAGAGAUCAUUCAGAUAAUGCAUAUUUUGUAAAGUCUUCACUAGGCCUGGCAUGGUGCUUUAGAACAGAUUUCAAGAUGAAAUUGAUAGAGUUCAAAAUUUAAAAGGGCAAGUUAGAGACCUUGGGGCCAAAGCCAGGCUUUCUGAUCUUUACAAUGGCCCAUUAGCCUCAUCUAGAGACUGAAAACCUUUAAGGCCCAUUGACAAUCCACCCAGUGUCAACAAGGGCAGGCUAUUAACUGAUACUAGAGAUAUACAUACUGGUGAUAAGCACAUUAGAAGUGAAGCUCAUUAGAAGAUACUUGUGCACCACUUAAACUUAAGAACUUGGCUUUGGUGUGUCAAAAAAUGCAGCCUGUGCUCUCAAUACUUGUUCCCACUUGAGCAAGAAUUUCUUAGUCCUUAUCACAGCCAAUCAUCUUCUGGACUUUGAAUGACCCUAACUAUUAUUUGGCAUUUGGACAGGACAAUAGGUACUUUGCAUGACUUAGUUAGAGAAUAAUGCAAGCCUAUUUCUAAGUAGGUCACUUUGAUCUAUGGCAGAGCUGAAUACUUUGGCCCGUCCCUAACCAAACUAUACCCCAGAGGGGUGAAGGAAAUAGAACAGAGCUGAAGGUGUAGGGAUCUCAGUACUUUUCAUUGUGUCUUUAUUCCUCAAAUAUUUGUUGGGCACCAUAGAUACACUCUCAAACAUUCACAUGCAAAAGAAGUACCCAAGAGCAUUCCACUCCCCAGACAGGCAGGACUCAGCCAUUGGGGGGUGGUAAGUGGAAAUCUCUGUCGAAACAGCCUCAUAGUGGUUUCUGAUGAGGGACCUCUGUGGACUACUUUGUAAAAUGCUUAGUUUGCUCCCCAAAAUGAAUAAGCAACAGUUCCCUGCCCUCAGAGCGUCAAAGUCCAGGAGAAGGAGACACGCCAUCAUGACACUGUGUGAUAAAUUAUACAUAGAAAUCCUAGUGAUGGUCAGGGGGGAUAGGGUAACUCACAAGGAUGUAGUCUUGAAGGUCAUUGCCAAAGGUUGCCAGAAAUAGCAGGAAAGGAAUUUUAGGCAGGGGAACAGCCUUUGUAUAACUGUGAAAUGCCAUAAAAUUUGAGGGAACAGUGAGCAUUCAGUGUGAUGGAAUGUGAAGGGCACUAUAGGCAUGGACAAGGCAGGAAAGAAUCUAAGCUAGCAUGAAUAGAUUCACCAACUAAGCCAUUCCAGUUUUAUUUUGUAGGCAACAAUAUGUAGGUGCAAGUGACAUGAGGAAUAUAAAAUGUGUUAACGGAAAUAUCUGAUAUCAUAGAGAUAUUUAAUCAGUUAUGAUCUCCUGAGGGUCUGCUGCAUUAAUGCAUUCAGGCUCCUAUAAAAAUACAUUAGAAUGGGCCAGCGCCGUGGCUCACUAGGCUAAUCCUCUGCCUGCAGUGCCGGCACUCUGGGUUCUAGACCCAGUUGGGGCACCAGUUCUGUCCUGGUUGCCCCUCUUCCAGUCCAGCUCUCUGCUGUGGCCCAGGAGUGCAGCGGAUGAUGGCCCAAGUGCUUGGGCCCUGCGCCCACAUGGGAGACCAGCAGGAACACCUGGCUCCUGGCUUCAGAUCAGCGCAGCACGCCGGCCGUGGCGGCCAUUUUGGGGGGUGAGCCAAUGGAAGGAAGACCAUUCUCUCUGUCUUUCUCUCUCACUGUCUAACUCUGCCUGUCAAAAAAAAAAAAAAAUACAUUAGAUUGGGUAACAUAAACAGAAAUUUAUUGUGCACAGUUCUAGAAGCUGGGGAGUCCAGAUCAUUGGUACAUAUGCUGUCCAGUGAAGACUUUCUUCCUCUAUCAUAAAUGGCACCUUUUAGCUGUGUCCUUACACAGCAAAAAAGGCAAAAAAAAAAAAAAAAAAAAAACCCUCACCACUUUCUUUAAGCCUCUUCUUAUUAUUUUAAAAUUUUUAUUUAUUAGCCAGUGCUGCAGCUCAAUAAGCUAAUCCUCUGCCAUUCGGGCGCCAGAUUCUGUCCCGGUUGCCCCUCUUCCAGGCCAGCUCUCUGCUGUGGCCCGGGAAGGCAGUGGAGGAUGGCCCAAGUCCUUAGGCCCUGCAUCCCACGGGAGACCAGGAGAAGCACCUGGCUCCUGGCUUCGGAUCAGCGCGGUGCGCCGGCCGCAGCACACCAGCCGCAGCGGCCAUUGCGGGGUGAACCAACGGAAAAGGAAGACCUUUCUCUCUCUCUCUCUCACUGUCCACUCCGCCUGUCAAAAAAAAUUAUUUAUUUAUUUUCAUUUCAUUUUAAAAAUACAGAGAUCUUCUAUGUACCUGUUCACUCCUCAAAUGUCCACGGCAGCCAGGGCUGGGUCUCCCACAUGGGUGGCAGGUACUCAAGGUCAUCUGCUGCCUCCAAGAGUGUGCACUAGUAGCAAACCAGCUUGGAGAUGGAGCUGGGAGUCUGGUAUUCUGCUAUGAGAUGUGUGAAUCCCCCGUGGCAUCUCAACCACUGUGACAAUCACCCACCCCAAGGCCUCUUUCUAAAGGGCACUAAUCACAUUCAUGAGGGCUCUACACUCACAACCUAGUUAGCACCCGAAGGACUGCCCCCCCUUUAAUACUAUCACACUGGGGAUUAGAUUUCAAUAUAUGAGUUUUCAGAGAACCCAAACAUUCCAACCAUAGCACCUGCCAUGUGCCUAGAAAUAUGUAAGUAUUAGAGAGUAGAAGGAGGAAGUCACUGUUAAGAAUGGUAAUAAUCUGUGCAAGGAAAAUCUAGAAAACAAGAGAGGCAGGGGAUAUGCAGAGGGAUUGGAAUGGAUCAGUAAUGAGAUUUCACUUAUACAAACACACACAUAAUGUGAUGACUGGCUAGAUUUAAGAAGCAGAAGGGAAAUGCUUGAAACAUUUUGAGGCUAAGAGAUGAAGUGUAUGGUGAUGACGUGAAUGGAGAGGGCCGGAAGAGAAGUCUUGCCAUGGAUUGAAACUGGCUGAGCUCACCCAGAGGGGCAGCGGUGCAACAGCUGUGUGAUGUCCAAUGGUGGAACCUGGGCAGUGAGUCAGGCAGCUUUCUGUCACUCUUCUGAAAUACCCAAGGACAUCAGGUUUACCAGCAGAAAGGAUUCGUUUAGCUGACAGUCUGGUGGCCCCAUCUGUUUGGUUUCUGUGAGGGUGGUGGAUGGCAGUGACAGAAUCUGAGGCGGGAGAACUUGGGAUGAACCAGGAGGCAGAAAGAGACUGUGCCCAGUUGAGACUUUUCUAACCAAUCCUCUCUUCCUCACUACCCUCUAUGGGCAUGACCCCAGUGACCUGGGGACCUCCUAGGCCCACCUCCUAAAAACCAUCAUUAGGUUAAACAUCUGCUCUCCUAGGACCAUCACUCUAUGACUUUAGGGUUUUAAGUCCUGUAUGAGUUUGGAAGCCAAAUCAUAUCCAAACCACUGCAUGUUGCAAUAAGCAGAGCAGGUGUGCAGCAGGGUGGAAGAGGAGGAUCAAGGCUGAGGUAUCCUGCAAAGAAAGAGAGAAAAGGUGUAAGAGGAAAAACGAUGAAGCCUUUCAGUGCAGCACAAAGACUUCGCAGUGGCCGCCGGUUUCAUUAUUUCAGGUGCCAAGGCUGACAUGAGCAAGGACACUUUCAGUGGAGAGCCGGGAAUGGGAGCGAUAUCGGGAAGGAGGGAACAGGAAGUGCAGAAGUGAGGAACCAAUGUAGACUACUGUUUUCAGGCCAUUAGUCAUGAAAAGAAAGAGAAGGAGGCAAAAUAAGAGGGGUUGGUGGAACCAAGGGAAUGAGUUAGGACUGCCAUGAGAAAGAAUGUGAACACAAAGCUUUCUUUCAUAUGAUGGGAACAGUUAUGAAAACAGAGGGAUGUCAGCUGGAUUUCCUCUGAAAAAUCUCUACUGUCUUAGAAUGAAAUCAUUACAUAAAAUCUAAGGGAAUAAGCAGGUAGUAUUGGGAUUUUAACCUCUGGGGGUAAGAAAAUACUUCUCAAUUUAGAAAAUUGCAAUCUAGGGGCUGGCAGUGUGGCAUAGCAAGUAAAGUCACCGCCUGGGACACCUGCAUCCCAUAUGGGCAACGGUUCAAGUCCCGGCUGCUCUACUUCUGAUCCAGCUCCUUGCUAAUGUGCCUAGGAAAGCAGCAAAGGAUGGCCCAAGUUCUUGGGCCCCUACACCCACAUAGGAGACCCAGAAGAGGCUCCUGGCUUCAUUGUGGCCAUUUGGAGAGUAAACCAGCAGAUAAGAGAUACCUUCUCUCCCCACCUCCUUCUCUCACUCUCUCUCUAAUUCUUUCAAAUAUUUUUUUAAAAGUUGUAAUCUGUCAAUAUGGGAUUAUGAAGUGGAGGCUGCUAAGAAUGAGAAUGCAGGAAAGGGAGAGAUAAGGAAUCAACCACUGUGGAGGGACAUAGGUAGAUACAAAUGACCAGAGCACUCAGCAGUCUCUCCUUGUGACUGUCAGGGGAAACACGUGUGCAUCAAGAGAAAAGCCUGACCUGACUCCAUCUCUUUUUUAAAUGAUUGUGCAAGCAAAAAGGGAACCCCAGAAAACUGCUUUAUCAAAUGAGUAAUGAACGUUCGUGUUUGACCUCGGAUCUCCACUCAGAGGUAAACCAGUUGGAAGUAAACCCACAUCUUUGCAUGUUUAGAAAACAAAUGAGCAGGAGUCAGAUAAACUGCAGAAUCUAAUCUCUUCAGCCUUCAAAAACAGCAGGCAGUUUUGUUUUUUACAGUCUCAUGAAUAAGACGUUGUUUUCAAGUUACUACUUCAUGUGAAACCAGUAUGACAGUUUAGACGGUCCCCUCAGAAACCGAACAUACUAUGAUGGUUUCAGUCUCGUGGUCUGAUGGUGUGCACAAGCACGUUCAAGGGCGAGGCCGCACAUGUGCACAUCUGCAAGGCGACAGUGGUCACAGGAUUCACAGAAGUGCCUGGGCAGCGCCAUGUUCGAAGACAGCCCAGGUGACAGAAUCCACUGUGGCAGAGCCCAGGAGGAAACUGAAAUGAGGGUUGAUGGGGAGCAGGCCCUUGAACUUAACCUGCAAUGUGAGACUUUUACAAGAUAAAAGUAGUACUUGUAGAUUUUUAAAUUACAGAAAAAUUAUUGAGACUUUCCCAAUUUGGGGGAUGUCAAAGAUGAUUAUAAUUCAGUAGAUGAGUAGGUGAACAGGAGUUAUGGGGAAAACAGUGCUUGCUUGAUGCCUGAGUAAAAGGAACACUUCCUGUAAGUCAGAUCUUAAUUUGCUGUCAGUUGUCUCUUAAAAAAAAAAAAAAAAAAAGAGAGAGAGAGAGAGAGAGAGAGCCUUUUGUCCUUUUGCCUUUCAGGAUGUCUGUGUUCCUUCAAACAGAAGUUCUGUAAACUAGAAAAUGGGUUCAUCUUUGCAAAACUCAUUCAUCAAGCCGGUGCCACGGCUCACUAGGCUAAUCCUCUGCCUGUGGUGCUGGCACCCUGGGUUCUAGUCCCGGUUGGGGCACCAGAUUCUGUCCUGGUUGCUCCUCUUCCAGUCCAGCUCUCUGCUGUGGCCCAGGAGUGCAGUGGAGGAUGGCCCAAGUCCUUGGGCCCUGCACCCGCGUGGGAGACCAGGAGGAAGUACAAGGCUCCUGGCUUUGGAUCAGCACGGCGCGCCAGCCAUAGCGGCCAUUUGGGGGUGAACCAACGGAAAAGGUUCUCUGUCUCUCUAUCUAACUGUCAAAAAAAAAAAAAAAAACCCUCAUUCAUCUUCUAAUAAAACAUGUUCUUCUGUAAUAUGCAUUUCUUGAAGAAUCUUCACAUGUGUGGAUCUCAAGAAUUUUUUUCUACCAAAGCAAAUUUAUCUUUUAAUUCUAUUACCCACAAAGUUGUUUUUCUUUUCUUUUUUUUGAGAAGCACAGAGACAGAGAGACACAGUGAGAAUUCCUAUCUUCCAGCUCACUCUGCAAGUACUUCAACAGCUAGAAGCUGAGGGCGAAAGGCAUGCACUCAGCCCAUGUCUCUCCUGCAGGUGGCAGGGACUCAAUUACCUGCGUCAUCACCUGCAACUUCCAAGGUCUACAUUAGCAGGAAACUGGAAUCAGGAGUUGGACCUGGGAAUCAAACCCAGGAACUCAGAUGGGGACACAGACAUUUUAACCUUCAGGAAAACACCCAGCCCAUCACGAACCAUUUGAAGUACUGUGUACAUUUAAAAAUGGUAGUUAUUGCCCUUAUUAAUGAAUCAAAUGGCAACGCUUGAAGCCGUAAUUCAUAGACUUACAAAACAGAAGAGGAGGAACAGGAUAGGAGAUUCUGCUUGGAGCAUGAGGAAUCCUAACAGAGCUCACAGCAAUCCUCAUCCCAGGCCAGGGGAAGGUAAGGACUGGGCACACAGCUUCUGCACCAGGUGUAAAACUUGGAAAGGAUCUGCAGAAGACCCGACAGGUAGUCAGUGUAAGAUGAGUAAGGUUCUAGAGCAGAAAAGGGUUGAGGGAGUUGGGGAGAAUUUGGCCCUUGUUAACUUUGUUAACUGGGUAGCUCUGGAGCAGGAGAGAAAGAGGAUCGAUCUUCCACCCGGGGCUAGAAAUGGGCGACCUGUGCACCCAGGAGAGCAGGGACAAAACAUCCACGUUCCCUGUCCUGCUGACGCACCUGCCCAUGGAGUUACAGCAGUGGAGGAGAAUUAACAACCCCAGCACUUUGCUGAUGGACUGAGAGAGCAGGAGAUACAGAAGACAAAGAGGCUCUGCUACGAGAGACAGAAAACGAGGUCUGUAAGUGGCAGGACAGCAGCAGAAGGAAGACUGCUUCUUCCGUGCCUGCUACACCAUAAUCUUUCUAGAAGGAGCUGAUUCUCAUUCAUUUUUUUAAGAUUUGCCAUGACAUAUGUUCAAUAAAUGUUUUUAAGACCCUGAAUGAACCAACAAGUGGGAAUCGUCUUUUCCCUGCUAAGCUACAACCUGUAUCUGAGGAACAGUGUCCAGGAAAGCUCAGAGGAUCUGCAGGUACACAAGGCUAACUGAAUGGACAAAUGAACUGGAUCCCACUGAGUUCUGAUUUUCGCAUCUGAAGAUGAAAACAAGGGAGCAGGCGUCCGGCCCAAUGGUUAAAAUGCCAGCAUCCCACAUCAGAGAGCCUGGGUUCCACACCCGGCUCCAGCUUCCUAUUAAUGCAGACUCUGAGAGGCAGCAUUUAUGACUCAAGUAAUUGGGUUCCUGCCACCCCCGUGGGAGUCAUGGAGUGAAUGCUUGGCUCCUGGCUUUGGUCCCAGAUGGGGGCCAUUCUGAGCAUUUGGAGAAGGAACCAGCAAAUGGAAGCUUUCUCUGUCUCUGUUCCUCCACUUCUCAAAUAAAUUUAGAAAAAAACAAUUAAAAAUGAAAACCACAGGACUAACUCUGAUCCUGAUCAGGGACGAGGCAUGCAUUAUAAUUACUAGACAACUUUGGUCUUAAAACUUGCCAAACUGACUCUUGAGUAUAUUAUUUAAAUUCCAUUGUGGGCAGCUGAUUCCCCAUGGGUAGUACUGUCUUCAAUUGUGGAAGGAAGUGAGUCAAGCGAGUGGAAUCACAAAUACACGCACACACCUUGUCUGUGCAUUUUCAACCUUUUUAUCUUCUACCUUCCUUCUGCCCUCACCCCUCAUCCUCCACUUCAUACAACAGUUUCUCUUUAGACCAAACAUCCAUGACAAAUUCAGAACAGUUGCCUGGGGUUUGGCUACUGCUUAACAGGUAGUUAUAAACCAUUUUGUGGUGCUAACCAAGAUUCCAGCUAACUGAGAUGGCCUGAGGAAGCUAAUUAAAGCAGUCAAGUGGAACAGCUAAAUGAAGAUGAAAAUGUAAAUACUGUCUGCGUUGGAUAGAGUGAUUAGAAAUUAUAGUUGUUUGCUUUUUGUCAGAACCAUCUGUGGUUUCUCAAAAUUUUGACAUGCAGUAUAACCUGCCACUAAUCAGAAAGAAAAAAAAAAAAGGAGGGGAAAAUAUCUAAGAUGCUAAGUAGGAAAACAGACAUAGAAAACCUGUGCCUUUCCAAAUGGGAAAAUAUGUAACUUGUUUUUCUAGAAUGAAUCUGAUCUGUUUUUGGAUAAAAUCUCAGCCCCCUUGCUUGCCUUGGAAGAUUCGCUCUCUGUUCUGAAAACUCAACAGUGGGAGAUCCAGGCAGCUCCAAGUGGGAAAAGAAGCCAUGAGCAUGCAGAUGGAAGAACAGAAUUGAGAAUAAUCAAAUUGUCUAACUCAAGUACUUUAUAUAAAAGAAACCUAAGAUGAGGGUUUUUUUUUUUUUUAAGUAUGAGAGGACAUCAAAAUGUCCCUGGAACAUGCAUAAUGAUGAAAAAAGCUAGGCAUGAACUUCAAAACAUUUUCCACCAAAAUAUACUUACCUUUUAAUUCCACUUUUCCAUGAAUCUUUGAAAAUACCUUCACAGAUAUACUGUGUCAGUGACUUACGGAGAGAACCUGACGGUGUUAAUAUUUGAAUCCUAUGAAAUUGAAGGGCAGGCAGUUGGUUGAAAUGCUGGUUAGGAUGCCUGUGUCCCACAUCAGAGUGUCUGGGCUCAGUUCCAGAUUCUGGUUCCUGAUUCUAGUUUUCUGCUGAUGCAGACGCUGGGAGGCAGUGUUGAUGGCUUAAGUAACUGGGUUUCUGUUUCCCACAUGACACACCUGGAUUGAGGUGCUGGCUUCUGGCUUCAGACCCAAUCCAGCCCCAGGCUUUGCAGGCAUUUGGGAAAGUGAACCAGCAGAUAGGAGCUCUCUAUGUCUGUCUAUCCAUCUCUUUCCUUCUCUGUUUGCCCUCCUCUCUCUCUCCCCGCUUACAUCUCCCAAAUAAAUAAAAAGAAAUUUGAAAAACUUGUAAAUUAUUUUUACAUUUAAAUGCAUUUAAAUUAGACAUAAGGUUCAAACGUCUGACAAUCCCCUACCUGAUAUAGUAUAAUGAGAAAUGUGUAGAAGUUUUUGAAAAACAAAAACAUGUACUAUCCAGACUUCCUUUCUACCUCCAUCAAUUUAUUAUAAAUAUUGCACUAUAAAAUAAAAACUCAGGAAUAGAACAAUUCCACCUCACAUCUGCAAUAGUUCCUGAUACAUAACAUGUAUUCAAGAAUGGUUUUAUAAAGGAGAGGGAAGGGGAAGAAAAAAGAAAACAGAGCACCUUGAUGAAUAUUUCUUUUUUUUUUUUUUUUUUUUUUGACAGGCAGAGUGGACAGUGAGAGAGAGAGAGACAGAGAGAGACAGAGAGAAAGGUUUUCCUUUACCGUUGGUUCACCCUCCAAUGGCCGCUGCGGCUGGCGCACCACGCUGAUCCGAAGCCAGGAGUCAGGUGCUUCUCCUGGUCUCCCAUGGGGUGCAGGGCCCGAGCACUUGGGCCAUCCUCCACUGCACUCCCGGGCCACAGCAGAGAGCUGGACUGGAAGAGGGGCAACCGGGACAGAAUCCGGUGCCCCGACCAGGACUAGAACCUGGUGUGCCGGCGCCGCUAGGCGGAGGAUUAGCCUAGUGAGCUGCGGUGCCGGCUGAUGAAUAUUUCUAACUGCAUUUAUGAAUGAACUAUCUGCAUGAUGAUUAAUAAAAAUGUUCUUGUGAUUGAUGACUUCAUAAGACCCAACCAUACAAAGUAUUGAGUGUUUAUUUCUUUAUUUAGCUGUGUCAUCCUUUUAUAGGUAGAAUAUUUUUAGCGAUAUUCAUACUAGUUCAAACAUUUUCAAAUACAUGACCUGGAAGCAGAUAUUUGGCCUACCAGCUAAGAUGCCCAUGUACCACAUCGCAGUCCCUGAGGUCAACACUGAUGUUAGCUCCUGACUCCUGAGAGGCAGCAGGUGAUGGAUGACUCCAGUAGUUAGAUUCCUGCCAGUCGUGCUAUAGCCCUGCCACUCAGCUGGACUGAGUCGCCAGCUCCCAGUUUCAGUUUGGCCCAGUCCUGGCUUUUAUAUGGAUUUGAGUAAUGAACCAGCACACAGGAACUCUCUAUGUCUAUCUAUCCAUCUCUUUCUACCUCCCAAUGAAUUUUCAAAACUUAUGAAGUAUAUGACAUGCAAUGAAUUUCAGAGAAUCCUUAUAGGAAAUUAAAACAACAUCAUCAAUGAAACAGAAGUCACAGGAGAGCAACAUACAGCAUGAGCCUAGUUUGAUAUGGUGAGACCAAGGGGCAGCCCUUUCCUUGCCUUGGUGAUGAAACAGGCACACUGGGUCAUUUUGGAAACAAACAUCUGUUGUUCAGACUAUCUCUCUUUCCUCUCAACUCUCUAUACUCCACAUCAUUUCCUGGGCAUCAGCAAGGACUGGAAAAUAAGAAAGGGAAAGAAUAAAGCGGAGAUCUCAGCUGACAACAACUAAUUUACCACUAAUAACUCUAACCUACACUGUCAUCCACAUAGUGCUUAUUUUAUUUGUGCCAGACACUCUUUGCAUGUUUUACACGUCCUCACUCAUUUAAAUCUCAUGAUACUUUUACUGGUGUUCCCAUUUUACAGAAAGGAAACUGAGGCAAGAGCAGUUAAGGGGGAGACUGUAAUUCAAACCUGGGUGUUUGCUGUCAGAGUCUGCCCACCUGUCUGCUACUCAAAAGCACAGAUAGAAGACGACCAAUGGAUUGGGGCCAGGUGGCUUUCAAACUCUCUUCCAUGUACACAAAUCCAGGCUUCCAUGCACCCUGCAAAUAGGAGUUUCCUCACUUGGGUGCCUUGCCCCUAGCAUUGGCCUGUGCAGUGCACAUACUUGUCAUAUGAAAGAAUGCUUCAUGUCAAUUUAUAGUGGAUUCUUUGGAACAUACCAAGUCCAUAAAAGCAGAAAAUCCCAAAUUGGUUGAUUUUGAAACAGCCUAAUUUUGCCUCAAUGCAGCCCAGCCACUUAGAAAAAUACGUCCCAGUAGAAUUUGAUUGCAAUACUAAUUUGAAGAUCAUCAAUCUUUCUAUACUCAUAUACACAGCUAAUGGGCCAGAUACGAAUGAAAUUUCUUACCUGUCCCUAAACUGCAACACGCCCUCAGUGUACUGCAAGGGCUCAUUUGAAAAAAAAAAAAAUCAGCCCCAGAGAGGAAAUGAGCUGCCACAACAUCGCUUCACAGCAACCGGAAGGAAAAACACACACAGGCGUACGCCACUCACAUCCUACGUAUGCGGUUGCUCAGUGGGGAAAUGCUUACAGACAGCUGCCUUGAGAAGCCAACCGGGGUGCUGCAGCGAGAGAAGUAGAAUCGUGCAGCAGGACUGGCUCUCCUCUUCUGCCAGCCCAUAGAGAAGACAAGAGCACCAGGGAGCAGAGAGAGAAUCCGCCACCCAGACUUCUGCCCUUGGGUGAGUUCUCAGCCACUUGCUGUGGCCUGGGGUGGGAGUGCAGGGAGCUCACCCCGACUCUGACUUCCUGAGUUGGUGUCAGACAGCUGGGGGUGUUCCCCACUGUUAACACCUCUGAGCUGGGGAUGAGAGGGCUUCAACAAUUCCAGUAGAUGAAUCAUUGACUCCAGGUCUCCUUCAAAUUGACCUGGACGAGCUGGUUUUAAUGCUACUUCAAACCCGCAAGAUUUCUACUUUGCAAAUCAUCCUGGGUUGGUGCUUCCUGGUGUGUGAAUGCCUGGCCCCUCCCCGCUUCCUGCUGACCUAGGAGAGUCUACCUGUGUAGAACCAAGCUUCUACGUGUUCUACAUUAUUCCAGUGCUCAAGGUUUUCACUUACACUUUAUAGUGCAUUAGAAUCAUUUACAUCACUUUUAGCCUUUCUGGGGAGCAAGAAAUGGUGACCGAGAAUUGGGUUCUGUGCCUGUGGCCCUGUCCUGUAGAGAAAUGGUUAUCAGCACCACCUUUACGGGACCAGAGACAUACUGUACUAUGGUUCUCACUGGCUACCUGAUAGCUCCACCCCUACUUUUCUCUGCCUUUAUUCAUUUCACUCAUUCAGUCAUUCAUUCAACUGGCUUUCUUCCUCAAAAAAUUUGUGACAAUUUUUUUUUUAUGAUGAAAUGGCUUCAAAACAAAGACCUAGUACAAACCUAGGUGGAGGUAGUGAGCAAUCUUCUCCCUGUGUUAUCAGUGACAGCUGAGAAUGGGGGCCCUAGCCUGUUUAGCCCCUGCUUGGGGAAUGCCCUUCUUUGCCACCCAGAAUUGGGUGUGAAAAGAAAUUGUCCAAAAUUCUUGGAACCUGUCAAAUGGGUUUCUCCCUGGUGUCAUUUCCUUCCAAGCUUAUUAUUUUCAAGGUCAUUCUCACUGUAAGAAAGGGGCAAAGUGGAGUAAUGGAACGUGAAGGAUAUGUAGUCAGUCUUGAAUUAGAGCUCCACUUUGUGUUAACGACUUCGUUUGUUUAACAACGAUCUAGAGAAUUCUCAUCCUGUGAAAAUACUUUGUAAGUCAACACCUAUGGAAGAGAGACCAAAACUGAUGCUGCUGUGUUCCUAAUAUAAGCUACAGUCCAAAGGAGCAACAGGCAUUAACCAAUAAUCUAGAGGAGGAAAAACUGCCUCAGUUUGUCUUUGUGGGUUCACUGAUUGGAUGGUCUGUGAAUUAAGCUGACAUAAGAUAGACUAACAAGAGAAAAAACUUAAAUUACAUUUGUAUGAAUGGGGGUUCCACAAAAAUAUGAAACACAGAGAAGUGUUUGUGUUUGAUGACUGAGGCUUCUGUAUCAACCUGAGCUACAAAAAGGACUGGAGGUAUGGGGGCUUCUGGAGGUGGGUAGGGGUUCGGGCAGAGAAGGUGAAGGGAAAAGCCUCAAUUAGACAAAUUGGCCAGGAAAAGCCAAGCAAUGCAGGGGAAAGGUAUGAGAUUUAAGUAGGUGCCUUCCUCAUUAAUAAGAGUCUGUAGUGAUUUAGUCAUCCACGUCUUCCUGAUGCAUGGAGAGAGACACCCCAACAAAUGGAAAUUUCCUUUGCAGAUAUAAAUUUGUCUUACCUAAGGGCAGCUUUCGGAGCUUCUGACUCUACAGUUUCUCAAACAAAGCUCAAAAUAAUCAAAAUGCUGCAGAGGCAUGUUUUAGGGUAGCAUAUUCUUGGUCUCCAACAACUGUAUUUAGUGUUACCGUGUCCUAAACCCCAUUGGUCACUGCACAAAUAUGAUGAGAACCAGAACACAUGGCAGGGGGGUCUGAAUUUGCCUGGGACUCAAGGAAUUUACAUAAAGGAGAAGGAGAUGAGAACUCAGAGAGAUGAAGAGAUUCACAAGGCAAAGGAUCGGCUGGUACUCUGUGCGGAGUCGACAGAACAGUGUGACAAAAUGAGGUCCCUGUAGCCAGAGAAAAGAGGAGGGCGGCAAAGUAAACUGAGAGAAGUAAAAUGUGCAGAUGGUCUUAAAGCUGGUGUUGAUUCUUACAGGGCUGGAACAGCCUGGCGUGUGAGGGUCUGACUUGUGCGUUGAAGGGAACCCCUUUUGCGAUGGUGUGCAGAAUGGACCAGGGAGAUAAGAAAGUUGAUGCUGUCAGCUAAACAAGCAUGUGAAAGUGGUGACAGGAGAGACACAUGUGGAUGAAUCAGAGUCAUCUAGAAAGAUGGUGGCGGACAGGAAAGGAGAGUGGGAGAGAGGUCAAAGAUAGUCCACAGCUCCUGGAUGAGAAGUCCAAACGGAUGGUGGUGCUAACUGCUCGUCACAGAGACUGGCAAAGCUGAGGGAAACCGAGUCUCAGUGGGUUCAGUUCUGGAAAUGACUGCGGAGGGUCUGGUAGACAUCCAAGGGCAGAUGUCAACCAGGCGCCUGACGUGCUGAUCCGGAGCUCAGAACACAGGUCUGGGCAUGCUUGGUGCAGAGAAGGCGGUGGAAGCCAGGGGCACCAGAAGAUAAGGCUUUGAGACAUAGUAGCAAAUGGGAAAAGAGGGGUACUUACGGUGGAAUCUCGAAAAUACCAACAUUUAAAUAGAGGUAAAGGAAAAUGAACUCUUCAAGACGAGGAUCUUUUUUCAAAAAGUUAAAUACAGAAUUACCUCAUAACCCAGCAAUUCUGGCCACAGCUAUAAACCUUAAAGAAUUGAAAACAGGGACUGAAUUAGCACUUGCAUACCUAUUUUCAUUACAACACUAUUCACAAUUGCAAAAAAAAAUGGAAACAGCUUAACUGUCAACUAAUAGAUGAAUAAACAAGCUUUAGAAGAUACUACAAUGGAAUAUCAAUUAUCCAUCACAAAGAAUGAAGCACUGACACAUAC